AUGAGCGAUCCCAUCACCAAGAUGUCAACGCCGCCGUCACCAAGCGAAAAGGCCUCGGGUCUCUACGGAGAAUCCACCGUCCUCGAGUCCCAGGUUCAGAACGACCCUACACAGCCAGUGGAGGACCAUGAAGAGUACGGACUCCAGAAGGCGCUCAAGCCGCGUCACCUCAUCUUCAUUUCCAUCGGAGCCUGUAUCGGCACUGGUAUCUUCCUCGGUGUCGGAAGCGCCCUUAAGAGCGGAGGUCCGCUCGGACUCCUCAUCGGUUAUUCGCUCAUCGCUUCGGUCGUCGUCGCUGUCAUGCUCAUGGUCUGUGAGCUUACUACCUUCUUACCUGUAUCCGGCGGACACAUCCGUCUUGCCGGUCGUUUCGUCGAUCCCGCCCUCUCCGCCGCCAUGGGCUGGAACUACCUCAUCUGCUGGACGCUCAUCUUGGCCGCCGAGCUGAGUGCAGCCGCCGUGCUCAUCUCGUACUGGGUGCCAACGUCGCAGAUCAACCCUGCCGUCUGGAUCGCCAUCGGCUCCAUCGUUGUGCUGGCCCUCAACGCCUUCAGCGCAGGGAUCUACGGCGAGGCCGAGUUCUGGUUUGCCAGCAUCAAGGUCAUCACCAUCAUGGGUCUUAUCUUUGUCUCGAUCUACAUCACCUCACGAGGUGGUCCCAACGGUGAAUCCAUCGGCUUCAGCUACUGGCGCGACCCAGGUCCGUUCGUCCAGUUCCGAGGCAUCGAGGGCUCCACUGGCCGCUUCCUUGGCUUCUACUCGGUACUUGCACAGGCAUCUUUUUCCAUGAUUGGCGCAGAGAUGCUCGCGCUCGCCGCCGCAGAGUGCCGCAACCCGCGUCGCGUGCUCCCCAUCUGCCUCCGCACCGUCUGGAUCCGCAUUGUCUUCUUCUACAUCGUCUCGGUCUUCAUGAUCGGCCUAAUUGUCCCCUCCAACAACCCCAGGCUGGGCACAGAGAGCACCGCAGCCGCCUCUCCAUUCGUCAUUGCCAUGACCACGGCGCGGAUCCGUGUUCUUCCGAGCAUCAUCAACGCCGCAAUUAUCACAUCAGCGUUGUCGGCCGGAUGCUCUGACCUGUACACGACGUCGAGGGCGCUGUAUGCGUUGGCGCAGAAGAAGCAGGCUCCCAAGAUCUUCACGCGUACUACGAAAAACGGUGUGCCGCACUACGCUGUGGCGGUGUGCUGGCUCGUCGGCUGCCUCGCCUACCUCGGCAGCUCUGCCGGCUCUGGUGUGGUGUUCAACUUUCUCGUCAACCUCACAGCCCUCUCGGGCAUCUUGACGUGGGUCUCGAUCGCCAUCACCUACCUGCGAUUCCGUGCUGGCAUGCGAGCCCAAUCCAUUCCGCGCGAGUCCUUGCCUUGGAAGUCUCCUCUGUCGCUCUUUGCAGCAUACUGGACGCUUCUCAUCGUCGGUGUUGUCCUGCUGUUUUCCGGAUGGGAAGUCUUCCGUCCCGGCAGAUGGAACUCGGCCAGCUUCUUCAGCAACUACCUGCCCCUCGCCUGGUUCCCCGCUCUCUAUGUCCUGUUCAAGUUUUUGUGGAAGACAAAGGUGGUCAAGGCUUCAGAGAUGGACUUCGUCACGGGCAUCAAGGAGAUCGAAGAAGAUCAGAGGAGGUGUGACGAGGAAGAUGCGCUCAAUCAGCCCACCACCAUGCUCGGGAAAGUUGCCAAGUACUUUGAAUGA